AGUUUAUAUAUCGUUAUUAUCUUAGAUAUAACUUGCAAAUACAAAUAGUAAAUAAUCAGCUGUUUAAUCAUAAAUCUAAUAAUUAUAGUGAUCAGUUUUACUUUUGCUACGAUGCAUCUUUUUAAAGCAAUAUUUAUUUGUUUAGUUUCCGGUGUAGUUAGCCAAAAAUUUGAUUUAGCAUAUUAUUUGCCAAAGAACUGGAAAUAUACCCUUAAACAUCUAAAAGGUCUUUCGCAAGAUAGUUUUAAUAUUCACACCCUGUUAAAAGACUUAAAUUAUCCGAUUGAGAACCACUGGAUUACUACAGAAGAUGGUUAUGUUCUACAAGUUCAUCGCAUCAGUGGACGAAAUCAAACUUACUUUACAAGUAGUAAGAAGCAAAACCCAGCAAUUCUUUUAAUGCAUGGACUUGGUGGCAGUUCCAUAGAUUGGGUGAUUUGGGGACCAGAGAAAGGUUUAGGUCUUGUUUUAGCAGAUGCUGGAUAUGAUGUAUGGUUAGGUAAUAAUAGAGGUAAUCUUUGGUCAAGGAAUCACAUUCGCUUAAAUCCUGAUAUUGACGAAGAGUUCUGGGAUUAUAGCUUCGAAAAAUGCGGUUAUUAUGACCUACCAGCCACAAUAGACUACAUUCUUCAAAAAACUGGAGAACAAAAAUUGUUCUACGUAGGAUUCUCUCAAGGUACAAGUCAAUUCUUUGCAAUGGCGGCUUUAAGGCCCGAAUAUAACGACAAGAUAGCAUUAAUGUCAGCAAUGGCCCCGAUUGCUUAUAUGGGACAUUUAAGCGCACCCUUAUUGCGCCUAGCUGCAACGUAUGUAGAAGCUCUAACGAAAUUGACAGAGCAGCUGCAUCUUUACGAAAGUAGUUCUAACGGUUUCAUUUCUGAGUUAUUGAGAACACUGUGUGCUAAUGGUUCUCCAAUACAAGAUCUUUGUGUAACAUCAAUGUUUAUAAACUCCGGAUUUGAUUCUCACCAACUUGAUACGAACUUGGUGCCAAUGUAUAUGUAUACAUCUGGAGCUGGAAUGUCUUAUAAUAUGAUAAAACACUAUGGACAAGAGAUCAAAUCAGGUCAUUUUCGCAGAUACGACUAUGGAUCUACAAAAAAUCUUAAACUGUAUGGCUCUAAGAUCCCUCCAAACUUUAAUGUCUCUUUAAUUACAACUCCAGUGGACUUGUAUUAUGGUGAGAAUGACUUUCUUGCAGAUGUAAAGGAUGUAAAACGACUUAAAAACGAACUACCAAAUGCUGUGGAAUACUUAAUUCCUUAUAGAAGAUGGACACAUCUGGAUUUCAAUAUUGCUAGGGACGUUAAUGAAAUAAUCAAUAAGAAAAUUUUAGCACGACAGCAGUUAUAUAUUGAUAAUGGUGCCCUAACAACAAUAACACCAGCAACAACAACAACGGAACAAUCGAAUAAUAAAGCGCACUAUAAUUGCUUUAAAAAUAAUAUUUAUAUUUAUGUAAUAAUUUAUCUGUUUCAUAUAUUAAUUACAUGUUGUAGGUAAAAUUUAUUGCUAAUUUGUGGAAAUAAUAUAUUUAUUAUAUCUA